GGAGGCAGUGGAGAAGACCGAGUUCCAGACACAGGAGGAGCGCGCCGUGGCGGUGCAGUUUCAACCUCGCCUUCCCAGCCGCGCACACACCGCCUCUGCCUCCAGCAGCAGAAACAGCAGCAGCUCCUGGUCGCCGCAGCCGGUCUCCGCGCUCCUACCCGCUGGCCGCCGUCAGUACCUCCCCCUCGCCAGCACUCAGCCCGCCGCUAUUUCCUCCUGCCAGUCUCUUUGAACACUAGAUAUUUUUUUCUCUGCUCGCUUCUCUCCGAUUUCCCUCAUCCGCAUUUUUUCUACUUCUCUUCCUUUAUCCUUAGCCACCCUCCCUUUUCUCCUCUUUUUAUUGGGAGUUUCGUCUGGACUUAAAAUGACUUGUCUUCCUUACCCUCGUCCAUUUCAGCCUGAAGACUGAAAAGGAGUCACUAAUUUUCCCUUGUGGCGCUUAAAAAACCUCAGUUUCCCCCAAAGUCUGAAGACGCAAAGGGACAGGACGCGGGACCUUCUCGACACCCUUGAGCCCAGUCCAGAACUGUACCAGUAACAAGAACUAGCAUAGUAUUUAACCCUACUGGAAGGGAGUGUGAGAGGAGCCAGAAGCCAACUUCAGCCGUCUCAGCGGAUCUGUGGUACCCUCAUUUGGAGGAGCCGCGUGCCAGAGGCGAAGGACCCCACGAGGGACGAGGAGGAAUCUCGGGUCUCCCUCCUUCUCUCUCCAAGGCCCGAGCCGUGGACUGGGUCGCUCAGGGCAGCAGCGGCUGGGGGCAGAGGGGAGCGAGGAGGAGAAGAUGCGGGGCUCGCGUCCCCGGGGUGCAGGGCACCGGCGGUCCCUGGGAGGCGGCGGCGGCUACUCCCCCAGCACCCCUGCAUCUCUGGCCGGUUGCUAUUCCGCACCUCGCAGGGCCCCUCUUUGGACUUGCCUUCUCCUGUGCGCCGCGCUCCGGACGCUCCUGGCCAGCCCCAGCAACGAAGUGAAUUUAUUGGAUUCACGCACUGUCAUGGGGGAUCUUGGAUGGAUUGCUUUUCCAAAAAAUGGGUGGGAAGAGAUUGGUGAAGUUGAUGAAAAUUAUGCCCCUAUCCACACAUACCAGGUAUGCAAAGUUAUGGAGCAGAAUCAGAAUAACUGGCUUUUGACCAGUUGGAUCUCCAAUGAAGGUGCUUCCAGAAUCUUCAUAGAACUCAAGUUUACUCUGCGAGACUGCAACAGCCUUCCAGGAGGACUGGGGACCUGUAAGGAAACUUUUAACAUGUAUUACUUUGAGUCAGAUAAUGAAAAUGGGAGAAACAUCAAGGAAAACCAGUAUAUCAAAAUUGAUACCAUUGCUGCUGAUGAGAGCUUUACAGAACUUGAUCUUGGUGACCGUGUUAUGAAACUGAAUACAGAAGUCAGAGAUGUAGGACCUCUAAGCAAAAAGGGAUUUUAUCUUGCUUUUCAAGAUGUUGGUGCUUGUAUUGCUCUAGUUGCUGUACGUGUGUACUAUAAAAAGUGUCCUUCUGUGAUACGACACUUGGCUGUCUUCCCUGACACAAUUACUGGAGCUGAUUCUUCACAGUUGCUUGAAGUGUCAGGCUCCUGUGUCAACUAUUCUGUGACAGAUGAACCACCCAAAAUGCACUGCAGCGCUGAAGGGGAAUGGCUGGUGCCCAUUGGGAAAUGCAUGUGCAAGGCAGGAUAUGAAGAGAAAAAUGGCACCUGUCAAGUGUGCAGACCUGGGUUCUUCAAAGCCUCACCUCACAGCCAGAGCUGCAGCAAAUGUCCACCUCACAGUUAUACCCAUGAGGAAGCUUCAACCUCUUGUGUCUGUGAAAAGGAUUAUUUCAGGAGGGAGUCUGAUCCACCCACAAUGGCAUGCACAAGACCCCCCUCAGCUCCUCGGAAUGCCAUCUCAAAUGUUAAUGAAACUAGUGUCUUUCUGGAAUGGAUUCCUCCUGCUGACACUGGUGGAAGGAAAGAUGUGUCAUAUUAUAUUGCAUGCAAGAAGUGCAACUCCCAUGCAGGUGUGUGUGAUGAGUGUGGAAGUCAUGUCAGGUACCUUCCCCAGCAAAGCGGCCUGAAAAACACCUCUGUCAUGAUGGUGGAUCUGCUCGCUCACACAAACUAUACCUUUGAGAUUGAGGCAAUGAAUGGAGUGUCCGACCAGAGCCCAGGAGCCCGGCAGUAUGUGUCUGUAAAUGUAACCACAAAUCAAGCAGCCCCCUCUCCAGUCACCAAUGUGAAAAAAGGGAAGAUUGCAAAAAACAGCAUCUCUUUGUCUUGGCAAGAGCCAGAUCGUCCCAAUGGAAUCAUCCUGGAGUAUGAAAUCAAAUAUUUUGAAAAGGACCAGGAGACCAGCUAUACGAUUAUCAAAUCUAAAGAGGCAACUAUUACUGCAGAGGGCUUGAAACCAGCUUCAGUGUAUGUCUUCCAAAUUCGAGCACGCACAGCAGCGGGCUAUGGUGUCUUCAGUCGAAGAUUUGAGUUUGAAACCAUCCCAGUGUCAGUUGCAGCAUCCAGCGAUCAAAGCCAGAUUCCUAUAAUUGCUGUGUCUGUGACGGUGGGAGUCAUUUUGUUGGCAGUGGUUAUCGGCUUCCUCCUCAGUGGAAGCUGCUGCGAAUGUGGCUGUGGGAGGGCUUCUUCCCUGUGCGCUGUUGCCCAUCCAAGCCUAAUAUGGCGGUGUGGUUACAGCAAAGCAAAACAAGAUCCAGAAGAGGAAAAGAUGCAUUUUCAUAAUGGGCACAUUAAACUGCCAGGAAUAAGAACGUAUAUUGAUCCACAUACCUAUGAGGACCCCAACCAGGCUGUCCAUGAAUUUGCCAAGGAGAUAGAAGCUUCAUGCAUCACUAUUGAAAGAGUUAUUGGAGCAGGUGAAUUUGGUGAAGUUUGUAGUGGACGUUUGAAACUGCCAGGAAAAAGAGAAUUGCCUGUGGCUAUCAAAACCCUUAAAGUAGGCUAUACUGAAAAGCAACGCAGAGAUUUCUUGGGUGAAGCAAGCAUCAUGGGGCAGUUUGAUCAUCCUAACAUCAUCCAUUUAGAAGGUGUUGUAACGAAAAGUAAACCAGUAAUGAUAGUUACAGAGUAUAUGGAGAAUGGCUCCUUAGAUACAUUUUUAAAGAAAAACGAUGGACAGUUCACUGUAAUUCAGCUUGUUGGCAUGCUAAGAGGUAUUGCAGCUGGAAUGAAGUACCUUUCUGACAUGGGCUACGUGCAUAGAGACCUUGCUGCCAGAAACAUCUUAAUCAACAGUAACCUUGUGUGCAAAGUGUCUGACUUUGGACUUUCCAGAGUACUAGAAGAUGAUCCUGAGGCAGCCUAUACCACAAGGGGAGGCAAAAUUCCAAUCAGAUGGACUGCCCCAGAAGCUAUAGCUUUCCGAAAGUUUACAUCUGCCAGUGAUGUCUGGAGCUAUGGAAUAGUGAUGUGGGAGGUUGUGUCCUAUGGAGAGAGACCCUACUGGGAGAUGACUAAUCAAGAUGUAAUUAAAGCAGUAGAGGAAGGCUACCGUUUGCCAAGCCCCAUGGACUGUCCUGCUGCUCUCUACCAAUUAAUGCUAGAUUGCUGGCAGAAAGAUCGAAAUAGCAGGCCCAAGUUUGACGAAAUAGUGAACUUGUUGGAUAAGCUGAUACGAAACCCAAGUAACUUGAAGACACUGGUUAAUGCAUCAAACAGAGUAUCUAAUUUAUUGGCAGAUCAUGGGCCACUAGGAUCUGGGGCAUACAGAUCAGUAGGUGAAUGGCUAGAAGCAAUCAAAAUGGGCCGGUAUACAGAGAUUUUCAUGGAAAACGGAUAUAGUUCAAUGGAUGCUGUGGCCCAGGUGACCUUGGAGGAUUUGAGGCGACUUGGAGUGACUCUUGCUGGUCACCAGAAGAAGAUCAUGAACAGCCUUCAAGAAAUGAAGGUGCAGCUGGUAAACGGGAUGGUGCCAUUGUAACUUCAUUUUAAUAUCACUUCUUCAAGUGAACGAUUCUGCACUUUGUAAACAAGCCCUGAGAUUUAUUUUAACAAAAACAAAAGGGAAAAAAGGGAAAACUCAGUGAUUUCUACACCAUAGGAGAGCAUUUGUCUCAGCCACAGAAUUUGUAAUCAGUGUUUUACUAAAAUAUCCUUAUCUUCCUCAGUGUCUUCAUUUUUCAUAAAGUAAAUAUAACCUACAUAGAGUGAGAUCAUGGGGUUACACAUUAUGUUAUGUUACUACAACAGAAAAUCCUUCUCACUACUUCCACAAAAUUUUGUACCUGAAAUAUAUAACUACAUAUAGCAACUUUAUAGACUGAAUUAAGAUAGCCUCUUUCAAAAUGUACAAGGAUCUACUUGAAAGGAAGUUUUAUAUAGCCAUUUGUGGGCUAACAAAAGCUGCAGUUUACUGAGGUUUACUUCACUUCGUAAUUGUCUACAUAAGUGUACUGAAGAGCAAUAUGGUUAGAUUAUUUCUUAAUAGAUACCUUCUUUUGUAAUUUUAAAAUGCUGUUACACAGCAUGAAGAUAUAGAAACUAGUAUAUAAACACAUUGCUUGAUCAAGGACAGGUAUAAUACAGGGUGUAUAUUUAUUUUUCUGUGUUAUAAUAUUUACUUUUAGUUUGCUCUUCUAGAGACUAUUAGAAAUUAUUGUAUAUAUACUGUACAGUUUGCUUCUUUCCCCAGAACCAAUUUAAGUUGAAGUUUUGUGUGUAUGUGUGUGGGAGCCUGCACUUGUGUGCAUUGCCAUUCUGCUUGCAUUUUUAAUAGUGUUUUAAUUUUAGCAACAUACAAGAACAAGCAUUCCAGAAUGUAAUAAGAAUAGGAGAAAUAGCAAAGCAGUAAAACAAAAAUUUAACACAAGCUUGUGUCUUUUUUCUUAUGUGUCCAAAAGCUACUAAAUCUCUGUAUUCACUAACAGGAAAUGUCUGUAAGAUUAAAUCCCUUUUGGCUUUUUAAAAAUGCUUUGUGAUAUCUGUGACAAAGAAAUGGCUGUUCUUCUAGCCAUUAAUCUUGCAACCCUGUAAGAAAUUUCACCUUUCUGAAUCCCAGAAAAUAUCUUGUCAAGCAAAGUUGACACCAAAGGGUAUAUUUUCAGCGGGAUGUAGAAGGAUUUAACUGUACAGGCUCCUGUUAAUAUUGUUAAAUCCAGGCACAUAGUACUAAGCAUUACCCCUAAGUGUUAAUCCUUUGUAACCAUUUCCACUGUGGCUCAGCUCUUGGAAUUUUGAUACUGAGACAGCAAUGGAAUGAUGACAAAUAUAUGCUUUUUUCCUUCAGAAUGUUCUCUAUUUCACACUUGAAAAGUUUUAUUUGUGAAUGAAUGUUCAUUUAGUAAUUUCCUUUUAUAUUCAGUUACAUGGCAUUGAAAUUAUUUUGAUGAACCUAUCCAAAGUAUUAUUUAAUUGGCCUUGUUAAAGAAUAUAACGGAUAUCCUGUGUAUGCUCUGUGUACCAUAUGUGGAGAAGACUGAGAAUAAAGGUACAAAUUAAACAGUUUAUUAAAAUUUAUACAAAAACUAUGCUACUUAGUGAAAUAACCAAAAUUGUCAUAGUGUUACCUGUGUAAAAGUCAUGGAAUAGCAUCUGAUUAUUCAAUCUAUACAUGUUAGGAGCACAGCAUUUAAAUAGGAUAUAGCCAACUCAUGAUUAUCAGUUGCAGUAGUAUAUUGGUGUAACCCAGUUUAGGGAAAUCCAUAGGAAAUAUAUCUGCAUUAUAUUGAUGGAACUCUGUCUCCUGUUUUAGUUGAAUGUAUAGCACAUACAAGAAAUGUAUACCACAUCCAAGAAUAAACUUAUGGGAAUAAACAUCUUCCACCCUUCUCACCCUUUCCUUAAGCAGUGAAGUAGCUUUUUGCUAAAGAACAAGACCAAAAAAAGAAAAAAAAAAAAAAAAAAAAAAAAGGAAAUGAAAACAAAACUAAAAAACAGAAAAAAAG